UUCUUAUUCUUCGUGAUAUUCGAGAGCUUCGUCUUCAUCUGGACAACAUGGGAGUACGAAACCCAAAGAAAAGCUGAGCAAAGCGAGUUUUCAGUGUUCACAUUUGUAAGGAUGAAGAAUAGACUACAUAGACAAAAAAUGUAUGUUUGAGGUGGGAGCGGUUACGAGAGCAUCGAAUUGAUUGUUGUGUUCCACCACAUGAAGAGAAAGAGUAGAUGAAUCACGAUCGACUAAAACUAUCUGAGACAACUCGGCUUCCAUUCGGUCGAUCCUCAUCGUGUAGCAGCACAACUAGAACUCGAUGAUCCUCGGUAGUUCUUCAAGCAUCAUCCUCAUCGACGUUUCGCUUUCGUGCAGUUCACAAAGCUCCAGGAGCCUCGGUCCUGAUUCAAUUUUCCCUUUCGUCGCUAUGAACCUCCCACACUCACCCCAUUGUGAUAAUGAAGUCUAAGUAAGUAACUACAUAUCGCUACCUCUAGGCAUAGGUUCUUGUUCAUCAACAGGCUACACGUCGAUAUCUAUGUGACGAAAUGAUGCAACCUCUUUCGUCGGAACACAAUAAUCAGUUGCAAAUUUUCUACUCCAUGAUGUACUUCCUGUUUAAUCCCAAACCUGUAGUCUCAUGUUGAUCACUGAAGAUACAACCUUUCAUCAUAGACCCAAAGAACGUAAACAACCCAAAAACAUCAAAAUCCACUUCGCAUAAAGCAAAAAUCCAAUGCCGAUGGUUCGUCUGCCACCUUCUCCUGGAAUGAGAUGAGGUGGCCUGCGAUUUGUUGCCUAGCUGCUUAUGCGGCUGGCGCUGGAACCGAACAGGUCCUACGAGGUUCCAGCUCUAGUUCAGGCAGAAAUCGAGGAGCACAAGGAGGAGAUCUACAACAUCCACAUCACGAACACGAUGACCACCAACAUCAAGAUCAUUCACCUUUUUCACACAAAGGACGCCAUCUUUCGGCACCAUCAAAACCGCCGUCGUUGCGAACGUACUACGAAUAUGAGUACUACCCGGACGAAGAUGGAAUGCUGUGGUCCCGUGUCGUGGGGACGAACAUCAAGGAUUAUGCGAUCAACAUCGCAAAAGAAUUCGUGCAGGUGCAGAGCGACUCGAAAGUUUCGGUGACGAAAGUUAAGGCAAUAAAGAAAUUAUUGGCAAUCGCAAUCAACAUGUACGAGUACGCACCUCUACAUGCUAGUUGUACCUAUCCAUCCUUUGACUCAGCUGCCUCAGAACAUUUUUAUUUUCUUGGCUUCCUUCAAGCUUCACGUUCAACAUCAGUAAAAUUAAGUAUAAGACGAAUAAAUAAACUACAUGUUACUGUUAGUUUCUUCUCGUCAUCGUCUAAGCUCAGUAUUAUAAAUUUAAGUAAGACGAAAUAUACUACGUACAUCAUGUUUCUUCUCGUCUAUGAUCUCUAAGAAACACGUCGACGGGAGGAGAGAACGUCAAUUGCAGCAAGUGGAUCGGCCGGGUCCAGGUGCACUGACUGUCGAAGUUCGAGCGGCGACUUACAGAGCUGAACUACUGUUAAGGCUAGAAGAAAUCCAUCCUCACAGGCAUCUUGUUCCCGUUUCUCAAGGGAAAAAAGACGGAAGAUGCCGCUGAAGAUGGAUUUCUUCUAGCUCUAAUACUGCAGUGUGUGGAAUUCAGCAGUGUGUGUCCUGCGUCCUACAGCGAAGCAUGCCACACCUUCGCCUGGAAUUCGACGAGCGCGAUCUCCGCGGGAAUUCAGCAGGCGAUAAGGAAAGAGGAAAUUAAUGAGGUUUUACUUCUUAGUAGUAUUUUACCAUGAAGAUGGAUGAGUUUGAGGAAGUGUGGUGAGUAGAUGCACUUAGAAGAUAUUGUCACGACAGAGUAUUCUUGUUUAAGGUGAUGAAGGCUGCGUUUGAUCUCCAUUUAAAUUUUAUCACCACGACUAACAGGUCCUCAAAAUCGGCAUGCGUGCGAUGAAUUGUCGUCGUCCUAUUGGUGUCCUUGCCGUCACUGCUGGUCUAAAGACCAUGCGCUCACUUCUUUACACAUGGACCAGAGAAGGCACGUACAAGUGCCACACGCAACAUCUUGCUAGCAACCUCGAUGCUAGUGGCAAUGUGAUCAAUGCCAAGGCAGCGAUGGUCACUAGUAUCAGAGCAGUUGCCAAUAUCGCACCCUUCACGGAGAUUCCGUUGUACAAAAAUGCGACUGGUGACGCGACCGGUACGGUGGCUUUGUCUGAUGGAACAUUAACCGGAUGGAACGGAGCAGCUGGAGGCCUCGACAUGGUUAACAGUUGGGACGUCGGUGGCUGCGGUACUCUCGCCACCUGUGUCGACGUCUACAAGAAGGUCAUGCUGGUGUACGACAACAGACCAGGAUCCUGUUGGACCCGCGAACAAGCAAUUCCAGUUGUUGCAGAUGUGAACACACCCAACAGCUUGCUGCUGAAGUGUGCACAGUCGUUGUUCCACUUGCUUCAUCCGAGGAGUGAAGGGACGUACCUGAAAUAUCCGUUUGAAUUGCGAGAUGCCUUGUUGAAUGAAGAAGUGCUGUUCACAUGCGGCAACACGUAUUUGGACGUGGCGAACGACGUGACGCGUUCAUUUCCGGGUUUGUGUCCGGAAGGCGGCGCAUGUACGGUUUUAGGAGGAGCGGCCAGCUACCAAGCACCAUCUGCUUUUGUCGACGUGAACGGGAUUUGUGGUCACGACAGCAGUGUCACAGGAUUGCCACAAAGGAAAGACUACAAUGAUUAUGACAGGCUUACAUUUUUAUAUUACAUGAUUAUGAUAGUCAGAUACAUUUCUUUUUACUUUUCCUAGUUAGGUUGGCUCCACCCAUAUUAUAAAUAGUCAUAGUGGUCCUGAAGAUCCUUGACGAGUGCUAUUAUCAACACCUGAGGAAGAUUUGCAUUUGCUAGUCACGGAUUCUCGACUUUUUCUCUCACCGAGAAAGAGAAUGAAUUCUUGCUAUUAUAAUUAGUACAAGACAUCGUAUUAAAUGAAAUUUUCUUCUCCCUCUAACCCAUCCCCACCGGUGGCAUGUACGGUUCCUCUCUCGUCACUCAAAACUGGGCUAGAACCAUUCUCGAUAUCGCAAUUUCCCACAUUGAUCCAGAAGGUUAUCAAGCCGUUCAACGUGCCGAAGCCAGUGCUUGGGGCAAUCUCUUCUUCACCAGAGAGUCCUGGAUGGAUUGUCAUUCGGCUGCCAGCUACUACUUUGCUGCUGGGGUGAACAUCCUCCUCUUCAACCUACGAGGAACGAAUCUCCACAAGAGUAAGAGUCGUAUCGAUUUUAUGAAACGAAAAAGUGCACUCAUACUCAAGAAAUUGGCUAGGAUUUAAGUAGGAAAAUAGCCACUUUUUCUGAGUGCUGUGAGUGCACUUUUUUCUUUCAUAGAUUUGCGGACCCAGGAUCCUAACCUGUGGUGUUUGGCGAUGCGCUACUUCCCGUUCGACAAUCCGUGGACGAGUUGUCCGACCACUCACGCACACUCGCACUUGGGCGUUAUUGCAGAGGAAGCGAAUGGGGAGGCAGUGAAGAGUGUGGAUUGCAAAGCAGUGUUAACUUAUGGUCAACAUUUAGUUGUGUUCUCGUGAAAUUAUACAAGGUCGUAAAAUAAGGGACCACCCCAAGAUGAAAAGGGACCCGGCCGAGAUGCAAUCGAGUCGCAGACUCUAAUCAACGAUUUUGGGCAUCAGGCAGUUUGGACCGCCAAGUUCUCAUGGUAUUGCGAUGGGUGGAGGAACCAACUCCAGUUACUUGGAGCCGAUCCACGGUACUGGCAAGAACACCGAAGCAGCCUAUGCGUCAUCCACUGUUGCUGCGGCAGAAAAAUGCAACCCAGAAACCGAAAACGCCUUGGAUUCGAGCAAUGCAGUACAAUUGCUUGUUCCGAAGACCGUCGCCAGAUUGUCAAAGAAAGUCGAUACUGAGGAAUGUGCCGUUUUCCAGUCACAGUCGUUCACUGGGACGGCGCCAAAUGACAAGUACGACAUCUGCAGACCCUACAAUUCGAAGUUCGAUGCAAAAUUUGCGUUCUCGGAUGAAUUCGGGAAUGCUGACUACUACAUCAAAGGCGUGCAGCACAUGAUAAACACGGAAGGCCCAACGGCCUUGGCGAAAUCGGCGCUGGCGGGAGGGGCGGUAAUAGAUAUAGACUUUUGUCCACUUAUAUUUGUCGAUUCAUAUCCUUCUCACUACUACAAGCUAAUAAUCAGACGUGGAUUGUAAAUUGUUUUCUCUUGUUCUUGAGUACUUAGGGGAGCACUUUUUUAUCUUCUCCAUGAAUUUCUAGUCUUUCUUCUUCCACUCCUUCUAUUUCUUCCAGUCCGAAAUGGGUUUCUACCAUGCUGCUGUGAUGGAACGCAACGCCACUCGGCACCCCUUUCUCUAUUUCGUCGCUUGUUCUGGGCCUCAACUACGCGGAUUGUGCGGUUACUACCUGUAUUCCGGUAUCGCAACCGGCGCCACAGCCACCGAACGAUUUGGCAUCACGCAAGGCUCUGACAAUUCCGCUUACGCAGUUGUGUACCGACAGAUGCGCGGCAGUACAUUCAUCGACCAGUUGUUCGGCGAGAGGUGGACGGUUGGGUCACCGGGAGGCGGAGACUCGAAUCCGUUUUUGAACGAAGCGACUGUUGAGGGCUAUGCCAAGUUGGUGAAGUCAGCUACGGGAGCACAAGCAGUGCAUGUGCAUCGGUUUGUCUACGACCGAUAUGGUGUCACGACAUCCGGAGCGGCACUGGGCCAAGACGCGCACCUCGAGAUUGAGAUUUGGGGAUUGCCGAAUCUCGCUUACGGGUUGCAGCAAGGCCCCUUCGAGCUGGACCAGAUGAAGCAUGACACUACCAGACAGCAGAUCGCCACAGCUUUGAGUCUGUCGAGUACCAACUUCGUCCAUCCUUUGGAUGCCUAUCGUGGCCGGUUGGGAGCGGGAGAUCAGCACAAGGGAGGCGGGAAGUCGCCUGUGAAGUACUUCAUGGACGAACUGGGAUUGCCGGAUUCCUAUUCUGGCAUCGUCAAAGAACCGAUGGAUGAGAGCUACACAUGCAACACGCAGACGAGAGCUAAGAUGUGCAGUUCGGACGACCAAUAUGCAGGGAGCGUCACGAAUUUGGGUACUACUUUUUAAUAGAGGACUUACGUGAUUUGAUUUUUGUUAAUAGACUUAAUACGUGAUUUGAUUGUUCAGUUGUAGAUGAUGAUGAGUCUUGAUUUCACGUAAGUAGAUGAUAUGUUGUUCUGGUUAAGAGUCUCGAAAAGAACAAUCUAUCAUGUUGAGAUCUACUUUUACAUUUUUUACUCACUCGAGAACUCUUGACCCUAAAUAUUUUUCCAACAACCACCUAGACCUACUCCAUAUCCAUUAUACCAGUUUUCGCACCUCUCUGCCGACAAUCGCAGAAUAGCUCAGCUGCGUUGGAUCUGAACUGUACUAGCAAGUGCACAAGUACCUGCGAUGGCGUGUGGCCUGGCUUCGACAUUCGUACUGGCCUGGCCAAAGAGGCAAGCAUGUUAGCUAAUUUCGCUCAUCAUGGGUUGGUGUCACACACCACUGCGACUCGAGCAUUGGAAGGUGGAGCUGAGUUUGGUCAUGAUGAUGAGCAUCAAGAUGAAGAUGGAGCACAAGCCGACAAGGGCCGUGCUGGGAAACCGCAGCAGACAACUCCGACAACCCGGUACUCGCUCGCAACGCUGCGCGAACUGCAAAGACAAGACGCGGAAGAACUUCGUAGAAAGGUGGAACGCAGCAAUCUCAAGCGCGCUGACAUCGACCGGUUAAUCGCGGCUGCCCAGUACUCUCGAGAGGCGCGCUUCUUGGCUGCGAAGUUCCAACGAGAACAACUGGGACCUCGUUUCGCCAUCGUCGAAGCACGAACUUGGUCUACAGACCUCGUCUCAGCCGAUGGCGACGUUGAAUCCAAGCACCACGAUGCAGACGCUAUGGCCAGCAAGAUUUUGGGGUUGAAGAACUUCUUGAAGCCUAAGAACAAGGGAUCAACAACUUCGGGAGGCUCAUGGUGGAGUAUGCCUAUUUUUCCUAGAAGUGCUCCUGCAGAGGAAGAAGACCCUAAAAAUGAGGAAACUGAACAUCGUCAACUCGAUCACGUUGAGAUCCCUAAACCGCAUCUACUCCGUUCCUACGAUUGGUACGUUGACCCCAUCCACUUCAUCGAACAGUUCACUUUGACAGAGUUGACUGGUUGGACACAUCCUACGCAUCACAAGGACACAACUUCCAUGUUGGUCUACGAAGCACCGGCUAAUCGAUGGCGUCUGAUCAUGGGCGAAACGAUCACUGUCUAUGACCAAGCAAAGACGGGAAAAAUGACGUUCGUCUGCUCUGGCGGAAGCGCGAGCGAGGUUGACCCCUGUCUAUCGUCGAGCUUGGACAACUGGGUGGCGUGUGACGAGACCUACAUGUGCAAUAUGGAGAGUUCGCCUCAGUGGCAAUUACCGGCUUCUAACGAACGCGACAAAUUUGCAGAACAAUUGUCGACUGAGAUCACGAGCAGCGGAUUGUCGCUGAGUGGUACUUAGAAUCACAAGAUCAGUUAUUAAAUUUCACUAUAGUAACUCUGAUGAACCUUGCUGAACCUUGGUCUUGGUGCUGCGUCUAAAAAGUACUUCUUUGCAAUGAAUGUUCUUGCACUAAAAAUAGAAGACGCGCGACGUCUACAACUUCUUUGCAAUGUUGAAUGUUGCACUAGUAGAUGAAAUAGACGCAGCUCUUCAUCUCCCAUUCCAGGCUCUUCCACCAUCGCAACGCAGAAGGACUUUUUCAAGCCAGAGUACAAGCAAGACGAUCAAGUUGCGCAGUGUAAGGAAGCUCCACGUCGCUCCUCAAUGCUUCACCCAAUGGUCACAACGAAUCAAGUAAGCAAAGCUUGGGUGUUUCAGCUCGAAAACUGUGGUUUUCCCGGUGUGGAUGGUCUCUACGUUUACUCGCCUGGCACUAUGCGGUAUCUGGCAAGACCGAUCGCGGACAGAGCGGCUGGGGUGGAUGGAGGUAACGCUGUACACUAUAGAAUACCAUAGGUUGAUGUUGUACUAGAUUUGCUGUCCUGCGGUGCUUCGUUACUACUCUAGUACUUAGACUUUUCUGGACGAAGAGAGAAAUUGAUGGUCUUCGUGGAAAUUUUAACUAUAAAAAAGUAUUACAUUUACAAGAAUUCUCAAGAAUCAGUAAGAACUAAGACUAGUAUGAACACUCUUUCCUUCUAAAACUUCACUACAAUCACACUCUUUCCAGCGGUCGGCGCCGUCACUCACUUCUCUCGAGUCACCACGCGGUCCAACACUGUUGGCGUGCAUACUGGUGUCGCAACACUUCCGACGCAUGCAAAUAGAGACGGAGUCCACGGACUGGACAGAAUCUAUGAGCAGGUGAACGGCACAAGCAUGGUGUACUAUGAUCACAUUCGACACAGGUGGCUCCUGCUUGCAAACUUGACAGGUCAAGUCAAUCCUUGGGAAAGAAAUUUCCAAAGUUUUGAGGAGAUCCCGAGAGGCAGCUGGGAUUUGGGAGAUGGUAAUCUUGAGCUUGGUGGAGUUGGAUGUGAUUUGAGUAGAUUGAGAAACCAUGAUCACGAGGACGGGCAGAUACGAUCAAUCUGAACAAGAGCCAACUGAUAUUACAUGAACAUGGAACGUAUUCAUUAUAAUUCAUAAAAACAAGUAACAAAAUCCUGCACUCACUCCAACAACCUUCACAGCUACCGCUCCGCUCACCGCCCCCGUAACUGGUGUCAAACUUCCUUCCAAGCACUACUCUUCUUACCCGAUGACGCAUGAGCGAUGGAAACCAGACGGACGAGAACCCGGAUACGGUUACAUGGGUUACAUGUUUCAGGGACAUCCUGGCCUUCCCGUCCUCUACAGCUGUAACUCCAAAGUCGGCUACGACGCUCUCUGCAGCACAGGGUGGCAGGCUGAGCACAGACAAGCUGACGGCGUGAGUGCUCCCACUGUGACGAUGCAUGAGGGGCCGCCUGCAGUUGAAGCGAGUGAAUCGCCGUGGAAUCCUGCUUUGGCGGGAGAUACGACCUAUCCAGCCAUCAUGAUCGUGACCAUGAAGAAGAUGCCAGCAACAUCUCCAAGCUCUUCAGGCUCUUCUUCUUCCUCUUCUUCUUCCUCUUCGUUUUUACCACUCUCCGAGCAACUUUGCUCGCACGAGUCUCUUCGCACACACACCGGCAUGUCCUCGUCCUCCAACUUGCGACCGUACCAACAGUACCUGCGUUGCGCACUUGCUUGGCUGCCUGGGAAAUACGUCAGGAUUGGCAACGCGCCAUUUGGCAACGAGAUCUAUUCGAAAUCACCCACGUGGCAGCUGGUCCACCCGGCUCUGCUGGCUAUGGGGUUGAAGCCCUGGCUCCUCCAAAUAGAUCCGAACAAGGCUGCUAGCUCUACACCAGACACCUACUACUUCCGUCAACCGACAAUGUGCCCGAGUGUGUCGCCUGUACUCAAGUUGAGCAUGCUUUUGUUAUCUUCUGUACGAGCUCUUCAAGUACAGGGUCUUUACUAAAAAUGCUCAUCUACCUCAUUAUUUAUUAAUAUUAUUUUUGCAACUUCAACUUCAUCUUCUCGGGAACAUAUUUUUCCUAGUAAUCUCCUCAUCAGGGUUAUGAAUAUAUUCAAAAAUCGCUUCAACAUCACCAGGGUGGCCUCGUGAACGAUGCAGAUUGUUCUCCUUGCAACGCCGCUGAGGCUGAGGUGAUGCGGUGCCCGACGGAUCACGUGAAGACCCUUUGCACCAACAGCGGCAAUUGGCACGUGAGUAACCACAGUGUCUACUCUGAGUCCCUCAAGGCGCACAACGUGAAGCCCGUCAUUGCAGCAGACCCGGAUCCGGCUUACUACCUCUAUUCCGGUGUCUGGACAGAGUUCUUCGGCGUCUACAUCAGCUUGUCAUCGACCAACAGCCACGAACCUAUUGAUUAAGGCUCGUUCUUUCCGAAUUUUUGGAACAGCCUUAGAUUCAUUCUUCUUUCCGAGUUCACUGAUCCAUAGAUUCAUUCUUCGCCUUAACAGAAGUUGUGUCAAACUUUUUAGACGUCGAUUUAGGUGGGUUUAGGGUUGAGUUAGGGUUAGGGUUCCAUAUAAUAACAUCCCUGAGAAGUGACUCUUUUCCUAGUAGAAAAGAGGCCAGGGAUGUUGAUGUUCUGAAGAAUGUAAAAAUAAUUCCGUAGAAGCCUGCUCUAAAUUGACCCGUUGGUGAGGGACGUUUUGGGCUCGAAGAUUCCAGCGUCGUCUGGCGGAUCGGCGACUGGAUGGACCACUGUGCCGGAAAGCAGUACUUCGAGUUCCUCGAAUUCGAGUAGUACUACCGCCAGUGCUGGAAACUCCUUACUACAAGCCGUUUUGUUGUUGCAGGAUCGCUAUGGUGAAAAUAUCUUCAUCAAGGCGGUGACGGAGGCGAAUCCUCAACCCACAAUCCUGCUGUACAAUGCUGCUACACAGUUGUGGGAAUUACGCUACUUGUUCGAAGAACACACCUGCUUUGCGCCUGGCGGAACAUCUUCCCCUUUGGCGUCGACUUCGACAGAACAACAGUUGUGUUUGGAGGGGAAGCACGCGGGUGGAGCCUGCCAGUGCGUCACGCGAUUGACGAACGCCAGUCCAGCAGUUUACAUCUGUCUGUCUCCAGGAAAGGAAGUUGCGCCGUGCGGAGACGGCUGGCAAGUUCCGGCUCCAUGCUCGACUGCGAUUUUGAGAGCGAAUUUCGGCCACUCCUGCGAGUACGCACAGAGUUCUCCGCCACGCCUAGUCACGGUCCAAGGACCUCGCGCAACUCAAGGUACGCCAGUCGAGGCAGCAGACGCCACCACUACGCCACCACCAACCACCACACCGCCACCACCAACCACGACUCAAGAUCCUAGGCUGUUGAUCCGAUACACCAAUGACAUCGCGGUGCCUAUCAAAUUCGAAUUUUUGGGCGGCAAUAACGCGCAGGUGAUGUCUCCAGCUCAAACUGCCAGUGUGAUCAUGGCAGACUCAGCGUUGAAAGGUGCGCUAGAGAAGGGUUUUGCAGCCAGUGUGCAACUCGACGAAUCACGCGUGACAAUCACAUCGAUUGCAGCUGCAGCGAGUGCUCAUACUGCUAGUUCUUCUGCAAGUAGUGGUUCUUCUGCAAUCAAUUCCACCAGCAGACGAAGUAGAAAGCUAACUACCGAACAAGCGGCCGCGGAUGAAGCAAAACAAGUCGAAUUGGACGUCAACUACCAGAUCGUUACUGCCAGUAACGACGCAUCAGCCACUGGCUCGGUUGGCGGACAAAGCUGCGACGGACUGCCAACUUUGACUUGCAAUAGUCUAUUGCUGGCUACGAUCGACAGUAUCGACAUUGGCACUUUGACGACGCAGUUGGUCAUGGCAGUGAGUCUGAGCGGUUCAGAUUUGGCUCAGUCUAUGAUUGUACGUGAAGUGACGAAGGCGCCGACUGUGGGAACGGCAGAAUUCACGGAGAUGCAGCAGACCGAAGAUGAAUUGUUUGCGGCAAAAGUGCCUGUGAGACCAAUCUCGAAGAUGCAGAUUGCUUGGAGGGUACUUCAAGUUACCUAGUACCUAUAGUAAAAUUAUCACGUUAAUAUUGAAUUUGAAUGAUAUUUAUUUACGCACGUCAUUUCUCUUACCGUCGAAAUGAUUAUCAUUCUAACUAACGUCUACAUCAUCAACAACAGCACUGCCACUUCGAAUCAACAAAAGGAUCUCCACCCAAUUCACAUCAAUCAUACAGGUAACCAUCGUCCUUCGUUUUCUCGAUUGCAUGUCCGAGAUCGAGCUGAAUGCGAGUAACAACCUGAGGCAAGCUCUGCUUUUCAGUUUCCAGAACUCUUUGGACCGGAUUCCGAAUGCUAAUUUGUACCAAGAAGUUCGCACACAAAUUCAUUGUAUCACGUGCAGUACUCUGGGUUGCGGGUUCAUCAAUCGACGACGGUCUUUAGGCGAAAUGCUUUCUGGCAGUUGUUGUACGCGCAGUGGAGGUGUCUUCAGUCCGAAGACUGCUGCAUUGUCGUUUGGAGAAGCGGUAGUCUCUUGGGGACGAAGACUUGGAGCGGCUGUGGAGGAGACGGGAAUGAAAGCGGCGAAAGCAUUGGGAUUUUCAUCUGACCAAGUAGAAGAAGGUUCGUCUUCUUCAGCAGUUGCCACUAGUAGUACUUCUGACUUCUUCGAGCAAAACCCAAUGCGCGGUGUGUCACCAGCGCGCAGCCAUGCUAUCGCUACUCAGCGGAUCUACUCACAGGAUCCUACACCGGCACUAGUGCACGACGACCGACGAACGGAGUCAGAGCUGUCAGAAUCGCAGAAGUUGUCUCGGAAGGCUUCUCCAGCACGCCGACUACAGGAACAGCAAAUGUCUCAAUACCUCCACGUCGACACCUUGCUGGUCUAUCGUUCUGCUAGUGCAGCUUACGCAGCUUCGCAAGCACUGAAUGAGUACAAGGCGCCUUUUUCCGGCUUCCUCCUCACCAACCUCGGCAAUCAACUUCCAAUGGGUAUCUACAGCGUGGAGAAAGUCGACAGCGUUGGACCACCGCAACUAGGAGGCGGCGUUGUUGGUGAGUGGACUACUGCGAGUGCUAACAGACGCAUGGGUGGAGGUGGACUCCUGUUUGGUGCCUUCUUCGCAGGUUCUUUACUGAUGUUCAUUACAACUCAGUGGAGGACGUUGGAGGCGUCAUUGUUCGCUCGUCGUGCGUGAGCGCGUGAAGCUGGGGAUUAAAAAAGGAAAUCGACAUUUUUUGUAAAAAUGUUAGAAAAAGGAGUAGUGCAUUAGGUACUUGCUUCUUGACGAGUGGUGGUGUCGAGGUAAAAAAGAUGAAGUGCAUUAGGUACUUCAUCUGGGGGAAUGAUACUUCGGGGUUUGAACCAUCAGGGUUCAGGCUUGGAGGAAGUAGAGUUUUUUAGAUGUACAUACUACAACAACGAAAAGAUUGAUUGUUCAUAUGCGAUUGCCAUCAACGUAAAAACAUCAUGAACGUAUUAUGCAUAUUAAGGAUCGAUUUAAUUAUCUACAAGUACAACUGACUGAAAUGAACACCUCCCUUGAUGUGCAGCUACCUAGAAUGAAUUAGUAGUUUUGCGAUCGAUAGUAUCGAUAAGAUGCAUUACCUAGUACAAAGUUGCGUAUGUCCAACAUAGAACACAACAAAAAUGGCAGUGAUAGAGUUUGCACAGUAGAAAACAAGAGCUACCAGUAUGCACGAGAUCUCAAGCAAAAAUUUUCUGCAAAGUAACUCCAGUGAGCUAAAUAGCGUUGAGCAAUCACAUCCAUGUCUUCCAUGAUAAGAGCGUAUUUCCAAGAACAUUUUCGAACUAGACCGAUGAAACACAGAGACAAAGUUUCUUGACCUCAUAGACUACGUGACUCCGCGAGAAAUCCAAAUUUGAUGCAAACCUAUACCUAGUCCGAAAACAAAAUUUAACGUAACUAAGUGAGUAAGAGUAUGUUAUUGUUAAACUUCGUAGAAACGAUUAACGUAUCCAACUACUAUCUACAGAACAUCAUGUCUUCUAACCGCAUAUAAUUGUUUCAGGAAUAAAAACAACAAAAUCAUGAAUUCGAAUGAAGGUACCGCUAAAGACGGAGACCAAUUAUCAUGUGCAGAAAACCAACCUGAAGUUAGAAAUAUUCACAAACGUAGAGCUGAACUAAUCAUACGUUCCUAGAAGUCGAACUCGAAAUUAACGUACUGUGAGAAAUAGAAGCAGAACGGAACGUAAAAGACACGGUGAAAAUAGUUGUAAAACGGCUAAGGCCUCCUGCAUGUCAACAUAGAACACAAAUUACAUUCCCCGACAAAAUGACCUGCCGAAACAUCGAGGAUGACUCACCGCACCCUGUACAUACCUACUUCAACAAAUCCAACAAGAUUGUACCGCAAGAAAGAGAAUUGCAUGCCCAGGAUCUCCCACGACCCACAUUCCCGAUAAAGAAAAAAAAAAAACGAUCUGGGAUCUACGGGAC